UUAUUUGCAUUUUACGCACGUUACAGUACACGUAGCCCUUUUGAUUUGUUUCUUUUUCUUCUAUGUGCAACAAGAGGGGCUGCUACCUGGUUCCUUGUAUGUUUUGAGAGUCUACAAUAGUGUCCGGCGCCUUCAUUUUCUUCGUUUUUGGUUGAUUCAGAAACCCGAAAUGGACCAGAGCCAAGAGUUGGUGGAUGAGAAUUCUGAAGAAGUUAUAGGAAAUGUACCCCCGAAGAGUUCUGAAGAAAAUGUAGGAACUGUACCCAAGGAGAAGCAGGAAACUCGGGAGGAAAUGCUAUCUAGGCACCGGAAAGAGAUCACCCAGUUACAAAACAAGGAAGUUGCUUUAAAAAAGGCAGCUGCUAAAGGAAGCAAGGCUGAACAGAAGGCCAAGAAGAAACAGGUGGAGGAUGAGAUAUCUCGACUUUCUUCGAAACUCAAAGAAAAGCAUGCAGAGGAACUUGCUUCAUUAGGCUAUACCAAUAACAAUGUCAUGGAGAACAAUAAUCUUGAUACUUUGGUGAAGGCAAUAGCUGGAGUAUCUGUGACUAGUCAACGUGACAAUUCAAAACCCAGUAGGAGUGUAAAGAGGCGUGAGAAAAAAGCUCAGCAAGAAGCAACAAGAGAGCAACGAAUACGGGAAGAACAGAGUAACAUUGUUAGCGAUCGUAUAAUUGAAAACGAGAAAUUGGAGAGAAAGAUUGAGCCCCUCGGAUUGAAGGUUAAUGAAAUAAAGCCAGAUGGACACUGUCUCUAUCGGGCUGUUGAGGAUCAACUGGCCUAUUUUUCAGGAGGUUGUUCACCUUACAAUUAUCAACAACUUCGGCAAAUGGUGGCUGCUUAUAUGAGGGAACAUGCAUCAGAUUUCCUUCCCUUUUUUCUGUCAGAUAAUAAGAUGGAAGAAGAUUAUGAUAAUUCACUUUCAGAAAGAUUUGAAAAAUAUUGUAGAGAAGUGGAAUCAACAGCAGCAUGGGGAGGACAAUUAGAACUGGGUGCUUUGACCCAUUGCUUGAGAAAACAUAUCUUGAUCUUUUCAGGAUCCUUCCCAGAUGUUGAGAUGGGACAAGAAUACAAGUCUAACACUGAGAUUGGCUCCUCUAAUCCAAGUAUCAUGUUGUCAUAUCAUAGGCAUGCAUUUGGACUUGGCGAGCAUUACAAUUCUGUUAUUCCAAUGUGAUCAAUGUUGUAGUUUAUUGUAUCUUUUCUGAGAGAACGUCUUUUUAUGCGAGUCAUAUUAACCAUUCCUUUUUCUUUUUUGUA